AUGUUACCCGUCCAAAACCGCUCUUGGGCGGCGCACGCAGACCAGGUUUCUCCCCGUCCUUCCCCUCCAUCGCAAGGCAUCUCGCCCGAGGACGCCUCCCCAUCACCGGACACUACCAUGAAAGCAAAAGAUGACAAACUACCCCAUGAUGCUAGCGUUUUUGUUGGAAGUCUUCCGUCAAAUAUUGACCAAGGAGAUCUCACGCGAAUGUUAAUGGAACAUCUUUCCGAACAUACUCAAAUUAAGAACAUCAAGGUCGUGCGAGACUCCAAGGGAGGCGUAUGUGCUUUUGUGCAGUGUGAGAAUGCAUCAUCGGCGACUGCCUUGAUACAGACCCUCCAUUCCAGUGCUCCUAAACCUUUUCUGGGCCGCAUUUUGCGCUACGAACCUGCCAGGGCCUUCAGAACACUGCUCAUAUCAUACAGAACUCCUACUCAUUUAGCUCGCUCUGUCGGACCCAAUGGGUCCAGCCUAGUUUCGUUCGCGUCGCAAGAGGUAGAAUUAGAGGUUCCGAUCGCCAUGAGGAUCUGGAAACACCGGAACUCUAGCAUCCUCUAUAAUUCGGAAGCCUCUCAGGCCGAAGAACACCAUGAGAUGGUUGACUCUGACGGGCUCGAUAGCGCAAUCUUUCUCGACACUAUGAAGUACGAUGGAGAGACCUUGCACAAGCUAGCGUCCUACUUUGGCCCGCUGGAGAUGUUUUGCGCCUUGCCAGCAGAGUCUUGCGAAGAUGGUUCCGGGGACGUAGAAAACGCUAACCCGGAUUAUGCAUUAUACCCAGCCCCGCAUAAUGCUCGCCGUUCGUCGGGUAUGGCGACUGACUGCUGGGAAGUGAAAUGGGAACAUCGAGACGAUUGCGUAAGCGCGUUGAUGACUCUGAGACGAGUGCCUCAUCUUACAGUCACAUGGGCACACCAGCCGGCAUCACCGACGCAGGCGACCUAUCCUAACUAUCACCACCUGCCUGAGGCUCCAACCUAUUCCUUCCAUGUUCAGCAUGGCACAUUUCCGCAGUCUACGAACGCGAUGCUACAUACUCCGCCUCGCCAACCAGUAGAAACGAACGCCAUUUAUCAGGCCGACAAAGGUUUCUCUCGUCACCAAGGACGACCUCUUGCCCAACCUCUAAGCCCUCUGAGUUCAACUACAGCGGCACGUUAUCAUCGGUCUCCGGAAGCCGGUACACCGUUCUCAAGGAUCCCUGGAAGCCUUUCUCAUACCGAGGAGGGCUUCGCGACCACCACUGUUUCCCAAAAGCCUUGGUCAAGUGAGGACCAAGAAGCACCUGACGAAGACCAGGAUUUGGAUUCAAGUGGCACGGUCGACGUAGGAGCUCAAGAGCUUUAUAUCCCUCAGACGCCUGCUUUGGACACAUCAUCCAUUACCCCGUUAACACCAGGUUCUCAAUUUCCUCUCACUCCGACAACGGGCGGGUUCGACACAUCGCGAGAUUUGACAUCCAAAUCCUUUGGAGAAGACAUUCACAAUGUCACCGAAUCAAGAGAUCCUCGUUCGCAGAGAGAAAUUGACCCUACUACUCUCUUCGUUGGCGGUCUGGAAAUGUUCGGUCCAGGAGCCUGGGACGAAGAAAAGGUUAGGAAGUUUUUCUCUCGAUUUGGCGGCUUAGAGAGCGUGAAGGUUGUCCGACCUUUGAAUGCAUGCGCUGCCUUUGCUUUCGUCAAAUUCGACAAUGCCGAAUCACCAGCGCGUGCCGUGUACGAAGAGCACAAUCGCGUAUAUGAAGGCCGUGCGAUGAGGGUCCAACUGAGGGAUUGCAACCCGCCCAAAAAUAUUUGGAAAUACGGCAGACCUCGCGGUAAAUUUCAUCAGAACCACCACGGGCCCCAACGAAGAUUCAAUUUCAGACCGCCCUACGAUGGCCAGGAGAAGGGCUUGUUCCGUCAGCCGGCCACAGGAGGAAACACGAUGAUGGCGAAUUCUAACGAUGGCUCCGACAUACACUUAUCAUCGUUGGCGAGUGCCCUGCCGUCUUACGAAGGGUCCGAGCGAAAUGAAAGCCCUCGUGGAUCAGAGACUGUCAUUACUCAUUCUUCGACUUCCGACGCCACAAAAAAUCCCUCAAACGACCCGGAUGCGGAACAAUAUCGCGAGUGGUACGACGAGCCUGUAUCUCCAGUCCAGACGCCAGCUCCGUUCUCUCUUGGAUCGUCUGUUUCUGCUGCGGGCGUCCAACUUCCUGCUCAAACCUAUCCAUAUCUGCCCGGCCCCUACUUCCCACCACCGCCAUGGAUGCACCCAUACAUGCAUCAAGCGCCGUACCAAGUGCCAUGCUACACUGGUUAUCCGGUUUAUCCUCCAUCUGUUGCAUCGCCUCAACAUAUCGCUCAGCCAAGCAGCCCACCCAGUCCUGAUACAGGAGGCCCUGCUACGGUCGCACCACACGUUUGGCCGGCCAUGGGCAUGUACGGAUCGUAUGUUCCGUACGCGGUCGUCUCACCUAGACCGCAGAUGGUUGAACAAGGUCUUAUACCGCCUGUGGCUACACAGGCUCCUUUGAUGCCCACCGGCUUCAUCCAAAAUGAGCAGGGAACACUGAUUCCGGUGUACCAGCCGGAGGCUCUGGAUCAGUACAUGGCUGGCUCCGGAGGGACCCCUGCCUCCUUGCCUAACGCUCGGGAUGCAAAUGCACAAAGAUGGGUUCCUUAUAAUCAUGGUCGACCGUACGAUCUGGGAAGUAUCCAGCCCCCGACUCCUCACACUAUCCAGAACCAAGAUCGACAGAGAAACAUCGAGACUUCUUCCGUACCACCACAACGAUUCCCUGAGUUCCAAAAGUCUCCAGUUCCGUUCCGCGGACCAGAUGGCAACUUGAAUACGGUGUCCUCACCUCUCUAUCGCCGCCAAGGCGCCAGACGAGAAUGUCAACCUAAUUACAAUGCCGUUCGGAAUCACAACAAUCAUCCACGGACAUUCAAUAGCCGUUCUGGGCGUCCAUUCGUCCAGCAGUUUGGCACUCCGCAGACUCCAGACCGACGAGGAGAGGUGCAGCCAGGGAUCCAUUGGGAACGUUGA